AUGUUGGUGCGCACCACAUGGAGUCUUGGUGGGAACGUCACAACAAUUGAAAGUUGGGAAAUAGCGAGACACACAAAACUACUACGGCGAGCACGAAUAUUCGGCGGCUAUCUUGAUGGACCUGAUGGUAUCAAGGUCAAAAUCGAAAGACAAGAAUUUCCAUACGAUAUUGGAAUAUGGGCCAAUAUCAAACAAGGCAUGAACAGUGGGAACAUUUUUGCGUGGUUCUGGCCCUUCGCUACUACUCCAAGCAGCGGUGGCCUGGGGUUUGAGGUCAACGGUUUCGACGAGCCGAUGCAUAGUUGGCCACCACCGGAUCCAGACCGCAUACCUAGAUUGAAUCGAUCCCUUAAUGAGAGCAAACCCUUUGUCUACCAACAGACGCCUUUGUCUGACCGCGAAGAGAUCCAGGCGUUCAAGAAGCGGCAAGAGGAUGAUCUGAAGCGUCGAAUUGGCAAUGUCGGCAUCAUUCGACGGAAGCCUUUUCACAAUCGUCACGCCAGCGGAUCAUAUGUCGAGCAAAGUGAUGUUGAAACAGACGAUCAAAGCACCGACUCACGAACUAAUUCCGGAGAAGAAGGUUGGAGAAGUCCAGAAGGAGAUAGGCUUCGAGAUUAUGGCGUGGAUGAGGACACGGAAUUCUACGACCAAGAUGACAUACCACUGUCAGAACUGCUGCGUAGGAGGCGUGAGAAGCAGUCCAGCGAAUGA